AUGUCAACAUAUUGGUGGAAAAUAAUAGUCUUGCAAAUAUUGAUAACUACAGUAAUCAGUUCAAAUGGACUGGAGCYUGGUAAUGAUUCAAAAUUAUCAAAUGAAAAUAUUAUUUCAUUAUUUAAACAGUUUUUAGAGGAUAUGAAUAUACAUGCUGUUAAAGAGAAUGAUAAAUUGGAGAAAAUAAAAGAUUUUUAUCAACCAACAUUAACAUCAAUUAAUGGCAAAUAUUUAGAAAAAUUCAUAGAGAAUGAACUGAAAAAUGAAGAUUUACAGCAAUCAACGUUUGAAAACCUUCAAAAUAUGAAAAGUAUUGAUCAUUUUAACAAGAAAAGAGUAACAGGCGCAUCAUUUGGUGAGUAG